CAUGGCGUAGAGCGCGCACCGCACAGUCCCCCCUUCCGUUGGCCGCGAUGGCCGAGGUGAGCUUCACGAAGCGAGCAGCGGCCGAGCUGAGCCGCUGCUUCAACGGGCUCGCCGUCCGGGCCAAGGGCGGACUUCAGCACGAGUCGCCGGCGACAGCGAACAGCGCCGGCGGAAACAACGCGAGACGCGGUCGCGGAGCAACGGGAAAUGCAGCGGCGGCACCGACAGGUCGCGGCGGCGUCGGCCCCGCAACAGCCAACGCGACCGCCACAGCCGCCGUUACGGCGCGCGACCCGGCCGUAGCGUCGUCCAACAGCGCGAUCGUCGCUGCGGCGUCGCGACCUCGCGAUGCGGCCGAGAUGCUGAGCGACCCGGAGUUCCUGUCGCGGCUGUUCUCGCACUUUCGCGGUCGCGAGCGGCUGCCCCUCGCCUCCGUGUGUCGCGCCUGGCGGGACGCCGCGUACGACCCGCGCCACUGGCGAGACAUGGCGGCCUCGCUGCGCUGCCGGGAGCUGCGCCUCGAGACGGCCGACGUCCGGCGCCGAAUUCUCGAGUCCCUGGAGCGACGCGGCUUGGACGCCAUCGUCCUCGUCGGCGCCACGGACGACGACCUCGCCGACAUCGUGUCCCUGGGCGCCGCGCUGCUGAGCCGCGCGCGGAUCGUGGCACUACGAUGCUCGAGCGUCUCGGACCGCGGGCUCGAGUCUCUCCUGGCGGCCGCGCCUCGGGUCUCCUCGCUCGAGCUGUUCGGCUGCAACGAGCUGACCGACGCCGGACUGUGGGCCGCGCUCAGACCCACCGUCACCUCGCUCACGCUCGCCGACUGCAUCAACGUGGCCGACGAGACGCUGGCCGCCGUCGCGCAGCUGCUUCCCGCGCUGCGCGAGCUGAACCUGCAGGCGUACCACGUGACCGACGCCUCGCUGGCCCACCUCGGAGGUCUCGGCGGCGGUUCGCACCACCACCAGCAGCAUCACCCGCAGUCUCAGCUCGUGAUUCUGCGGCUGCGCUCCUGCUGGGAGCUCACCAACCAGGGUCUGGUGCAGCUGGUCCAGGCGGUGCCCCAGCUGCGGGAGCUGUCCCUGUCGGGGUGCACCAAGAUCAGCGAUGACGGCGUCGAGCUCCUGGCCGAGAACAUGCGGCAGCUGCGUGUACUUGACCUGUCCUGGUGCCCGCGCAUCACCGACGCCAGCCUCGAGUUCAUCGCGUGUGACAUGACGCAGCUGCAACAGCUCACACUGGACCGGUGCAUGCAGAUCACGGACGUCGGUCUGGGCUACUUGUCCACGAUCCCGAACCUGUCGGUUCUCUACCUGCGCUGGUGUACGCAGAUACGGGAUUACGGCGUGGAACAUCUGUGCACAAUGAAGAGCCUGCGGAUACUGUCGCUGGCCGGCUGCCCGCACAUCACGACCCAGGCCCUGACCGCGCUUUCACAGCUGCGACAGCUCCAGGAGCUCGAGCUCACCAACUGCCCUGGCGCCACUGCCGGGCUGCUGGCCUUCCUGCACGAACAGCUGCCACACUGCCUCGUCAUCGACUAAGUCGCCUUCCUCCCUCCGUUCUUCGUCUCGAAGCACUACCAGAUACGGCGGCAAAUGACGACCAGCAAUAAGAAGUGAAACACCAACGGUUGUGACAACACUCUUCCUCUCCACCCUCAUGUUCCAUGGCAACCACAAACCCAUCUCCAAGAGUCCUCCCCCCUCCCUAUCUUGUCAACAAGACUUAUCUUUAAACCGUAGCUUCAAAGCUUGCCGCCGUCGCCUGCUAUUUAUUCAGCACCUGCAGUCUUGCUUCAGACACGAAGACGAAGCCAACACAAGGCCAGAAUGGUGUUUGCUCGUGAUUCUCUGAUGCCCCUUCGCUCCUUGGCCAGGAAGUGGAUUUCACUGGUCUGAGAGCUCAAUCGUAAACGCUCCCAGCUCCACCAGCGUCUAGUUGAACUAGCUGUCAAUUCUGCACCGCCUGCUGAGGGAUGUCGCUCUGCUGAGCAAUGCCCUUGCGGUUCAGCAACGCACACUACCCUUGAGAUGACCAUUUCGGCGACCUAUCCAGCGGUUGGUGAACGAGUGGACGCAGCGGGGGAUUGCAUGUAGAGCGUGCUAGUAAAGCGAUGAAAUAUGGACGUCCCAAGACGUAGGGUAGACGUACAUGUAGAGGCGCCGCCGAGACGCCGCCAAUGCUCACAACGGCCUUCAGCACACGCACACUCGCGUGUUUGCGUGUGGCAGAUCGCCUCAGAGACUGCCCGCCCAUCCGACAUGUUGCCUUGUGAAAGAGGAGAGCAAAGCGACACUCUUGAACGACGACAGCUGCCGGAGCAGCUCGAUCGCACAACACCAAGAAAAAAAGAAAACACAAUGCAAGUGCCGACGUGAUGUUGUAAAAGUUAGUUGUAUUUUGCAUGCACAUUGUCAGGCUGUCUUUUUUUUUGUUGUUGUCACGUCGUUGAUUGUGAAGGUGAAGAAGAGGCACGUGGCAAACGCCACACUGCAGAGCUGUGCCAGCCACUGAGCCGCUUGUAUGAUGUGCGUGCCCAUGUCUGUGUUGUGUGCGUGCACGUGCCAGGCGCAUGCAUCCAUGUACAGAUCAUAAUGAUGCCUUCUCUUUUUCUUUCCUGUCUUUGCUCCUCGCACAGAAGAAGUAGCCCUGCCUUGCCCCGGCAAAGCAAGUCUUCCCAGUAUUAUUAAAGAAGAUGAAAAAAAAAAUUAAAUAAAGUACUCUGCUGCC